UACCAGCUAGGUCGAUCUCGAGAGAGUUCAUUAUCAAACUCCCAACACCGUAUUCUGUCAAUAUUAACAUGAACUCAUCAUUAUCCUUAUCCUACACAGUCCACAAGCGCCAUGGUUUCUUCAGAACCGUUAUGGCUAAUUACAUUGCUUUUACUAGCUCUGCUGCCUUCCUCUUCUUGCUUUUCUCUCACUGCCAUUACACCCAAACAACCCCUCAAAGACGGUGACAUUUUGAUUUCAGCCAAUAAGACUUUUGCUCUCGGGUUUUUCAGCCCGGCAAACACCCGAAACCGCUACAUCGGAGUAUGGUACUACAAGAUCCCUGAAAAAACCGUCGUUUGGGUCGCUAACAGGGACAGUCCUCUCAGUGAUACAUCGGGAGUUUUGUCCAUCGACAGCCACGGAGGCCUUGUUAUCCAUGCUAACAAAAGCAGAAGCUCUGUUUUUUGGACAGCCAACGCUUCGGUCCACCACGAAGAUAGUUUCAUGGCUAAACUUUUAGAUGUGGGAAAUCUGGUUUUACUUCGAAAUAACACUGAUGGGACUCCUUUAUGGCAGAGCUUCGAUUAUCCAACAGAUACUAUGCUUCCUUACAUGAAAAUCGGACUGAACCGGGUCACCGGGUUAGAUCGGUUCCUUACUUCUUGGAAGUCCGCGGAAGACCCGGGAACCGGGAGCGUCACGUACCGGUUCGACCCGAAUGGGAAUCCCCAAUUGAUCUUAUACAAGGGUCGGGCUCCAUGUUGGCGAACCGGUUCUUGGACCGGCCGUGAGUUCUGCGGUAUACCCGAAAUGACGCCUUUCUUCAUUUUCAAUGGCAGUUUCGUGAACAAUGAAGAUGAAGUCGGGACUGUGUACUGGCUAACUAACGACUCAAUUUUGUCGAGAAUGAUGAUCGAUGAGUCAGGAAUGGUUCGUAGGUACACGUGGCACGAUCGGACCAGACAAUGGCAGGAGUUUUUAUCUUACAGCCAUUGUGGCUCGAACGGGAUCUGUGACCGGUCAAAUCCGGAGAGGUUCGAGUGCACUUGCUUACCUGGUUUCGAACCCAGGUCGCCUGGAGAUUGGUUCUUGAGGGACGGAUCGGGUGGUUGUGUUAGGAAGCCAGGGCUAGCUCCCACGUGCGGGAAGGGAGAAGGGUUUGUGAAGCUGGCUCGUGUGAAGAUACCGGACACGUCGAAGGCACGUGUGAAUAUGAGUUUAAGUUUGGAAGGUUGUGAGAAAGAGUGCCUAGCCAAUUGCCCAUGUACGGCUUAUGCGAAUGCGGAAGUGAGUGGUGGUGGUGGGAUUGGGUGCUUGACAUGGCACGGUGAUCUGGUGGACUCAAGGACAUAUCCAAUGUCGGGCCAAGAUUUUUACGUUCGAGUUGAUUCAAUAACAUUAGCCAAAUAUAAAAAGGACUCUAAUAGUUCUAUCAACAAGAGAGGGAAACUGGAAAUUGCGCUGGGUUCUUUUGCUGUACUACUAUUAAUGAUCAUGUUUACUAUCUUGUAUGGCCGGACACAUAGUAUAAGAAAAGUGAAUGAAGAACAGAGAAAAUAUCUUCACAAUGUUUCCGAAAGCUUAAGUACCUAUCUUGACGACUUUUCCGGUCAAAAAGAGCUAGACGAAAGUGGUUCAGAGUUGCCAGCAUUUGAUUUGAAAAUCAUAGCUGCAGCUACAAAUAAUUUCUCAAUCGACAACAAACUUGGAGAAGGUGGAUUUGGCUCAGUUUAUAAGGGUGUUUUGUAUGGAAGAAAGGAGAUAGCAGUGAAAAGACUAUCGAAGCAGUCGAGCCAAGGAAGUGAGGAGUUCAAGAAUGAAGCUUUGUUGAUUACAAAACUUCAACACAGGAACCUUGUCAGGGUUCUUGGCUAUUGUGUUCAACGAGAAGAGAAAAUGUUAAUCUAUGAGUACUUGCCAAACAAGAGCCUGGACUUUUUUAUAUUUGAUGAGGAGAAAAGGAAAUUGUUAGACUGGGGAAAACGUUUCGAUAUUAUUUGUGGAAUUAUCAGAGGGAUGUUGUAUCUUCAUGAAGAUUCAAGAUUGAGAAUCAUCCAUAGAGAUUUAAAAGCUAGCAACAUUCUUCUAGAUGCCGACUUAAAACCCAAGAUUUCAGAUUUUGGCAUGGCCAGAAUAUUUGGAGGAGAAGAACUUGAAGUAAAUACAAAUCGAGUGGUUGGAACAUACCUUGGGGUUUUGAUUCUUGAGAUUGUUACCGGCAGAAAGAACAUUGGCUAUCGUCGUGUGAAUCCGGCUGGUUCAUCAAAUUUGAUUGGACAAGUUUGGGAUUUGUGGAAUGAAGGCAGAGCCUUGGAAAUAAUGGACUCAUCAUUGGAUGAAUUAUAUGCAGUUAUUCCUACCCCAAAACAGCCUGCCUUUGUAUUUAAAAGAGGUUACACUGCAAAUGAAGACCCAUCAACUAGUGAAGGACUUGACUCUGUAAAUGAUGUCACAUGUACCAUGGUUCUCCUACCCUUCUCUUCCUGCCUUUCCCUCAAUACCAUUACCUCAAAUCAACCACUCAAGGACGGGGACCUUCUCAUCUCAACCCCGGAUAAAUUCGCACUUGGGUUUUUUAGUCCGGCCAAUUCCCGAAACCGGUACGUCGGAAUAUGGUACCACAAAAUUCAUGAACAAACCAUCGUUUGGGUAGCUAAUAGGGACAGUCCUUUAAAUGAUACCUCGGGAGUUCUUGCCAUUGACAGUCAUGGAGGCCUUGUUAUCUAUGGUAAUAAAAGCAGGGGCUCUCCUCAUUGGUCAGCCAAUGUUUCGGUCCCUGCAGAAAAUAACUGCAUGGCUAAGCUUUUAGACAUUGGGAAUCUCGUUUUAUUUCGAAAUAACUCUGCACAGACUCUUUUAUGGCAGAGUUUUGAUCACCCAACAAACACCAUGCUCCCUUUCAUGAAACUUGGGCUGAACCGUGUCACUGGAGUGGACAGGUUCCUGACCUCUUGGAAGUCAGCAGAAGAUCCGGGAACGGGGAACAACUCAUUCGGCUUCGACCCGACAGGGUAUCCACAAUGGUUCUUAAAUCAGGGCGGGGCUCCACGUUGGCGGCUCGGGUCCUGGACUGGCCGUGGAUGGAGCGGUGUACCCCAAAUGACUCCGAAUUUCAUUUUCAAUUUCAGUUUCGUGAACAAUCAGGAUGAGCUCUCCAUAACAUACGGUAUUCGCAACAUGUCGAUUCUGUCGAGGAUGGUGCUUGAUGAAUCAGGAACCGUUUAUAGAUCCACGUGGCAAGAACAGAAUGAACGGUGGUUGAAGUUUUGGUCCGCACCGACGGAGACGUGCGAUACUUAUAAGCUGUGUGGCCCGAACGGGAUCUGCGACCCAACCAACACAGACAGGUUCGAGUGCACGUGCCUACCCGGGUUUGACCCGAAGUCGCCCCAAGACUGGUACCUGAGAGAUGGAUCAGGCGGUUGUGUGAAGAAACAAGUGCUGGGGCGCACGUGUGGAAAUGGGGAAGGGUUCUUGAAGCUGGAACAUGUGAAAGUGCCAGAUACAUCUAAGACAUUUGUGAAUAUGAGUAGGAGUUUGGUAUCGUGCGAACAAGAGUGUCUGAAGAAUUGUAAUUGCACGGCUUAUGCGAGUGCUGAUUUGAUUGGUGGGAUUGGGUGCAUAACAUGGCAUGGGAAUUUGGUCGACGCGAGGACUUAUCCUAAUGCGGGUCAAGAUUUUUACUUGAGAGUUGAUUCGAUCACUUUAGCUCAAUAUUCAAAGUCAAAGUCAAAGAAUUCUUCCUCCAUUAGUAAUAUUGGGAAGGUGGGAAUUGCGCUGGGCUCUGUAGCUUUGCUCUUUCUUAUUUUUCUUGCUGUAUAUUGGUGGCCAAAAAAGAAAGAAAAAGAAGAACAGAGCAAAUAUCUUUUUGAUCAAAGUCCAAGUCAUAUUUCUGGAAAAAAUGAUCUUGUUGAUGCUACAAAUUCAGAGUUACCAUUGUUUGAUAUAAAAACUAUAGCCGCAGCUACAGACAAUUUCUCAAUUGAUAAUAAGCUGGGAGAAGGUGGUUUUGGCUCAGUUUAUAAGGGUGUGUUUGAUGGAGGAAAGCAAAUUGCGGUGAAAAGACUAUCAAAGCAUUCGGGUCAAGGAAGUGAAGAGUUCAAGAAUGAAGUGUUGUUAAUUGCAAAACUCCAACACAGAAACCUUGUAAGGAUUCUAGGUUGCUGUGUUCAAGGAGAUGAGAAGAUGUUAAUUUAUGAAUACUUGCCAAACAAAAGUUUGGAUUUUUUCAUUUUCGAUGAGGAGAAAAAAACAUUGUUAGAUUGGAAGAAACGCUUUCACAUAAUUUGUGGAAUUGCUCGAGGGAUGUUGUAUCUUCAUCAAGAUUCAAGAUUAAGCAUCAUCCAUAGAGAUUUAAAAAGUGGCAAUGUUCUUUUAGAUGCGGACUUAAAUCCUAAAAUUGCAGAUUUUGGCAUGGCUAGAAUAUUUGGAGGAGGCGAAAUUGAAACAAACACAAAUCGAGUUGUUGGGACAUAUGGUUAUAUGUCACCAGAAUAUGCUAUGCAUGGGCGAUUUUCAAUCAAGUCCGAUGUAUAUAGUUUUGGAGUUUUAAUGCUAGAAAUCAUUACCGGAAAAAAGAACACCAGCUACUAUCAUGAAAAUCCAGAUUCCAAUUUGAUUGGACAUGUAUGGGAUUUAUGGAAAGAAGGCAGAGCAUUGGAAAGUAUAGACUCAACCAUCGAUGAGUCAUUUGGUGGCUUAGCAUUGAGAUGCAUUACAAUUGGAUUAUUGUGCGUGCAAGAGUACGCUGUGGAUCGACCAACUAUGUCAGAAGUUAUUUUUAUGUUGGGUAAUGAAACAACCCUUGCUGAUCCAAAACAACCUGCAUUUGUAUUUAAAAAAGGUUAUGCUAAUUCAAAUGGAGACCCAUCAACUACUGGAGGAAUUAUCUCCGUAAACGAUAUCACAUGUACAGUAAUAGAAGCUCGGUGAAUCUUUAGGUAAACUUAUUUAUAGUUGUUUAUAUAGGUUGUUACGUGCACGACUUGGUUUAUUUAUUUAUUUUUUUUAAUUAAGUAAUAGAUUUAAAUUGUUAUAUUAAAUAAAUAUGUAAUUUAUUUAAAUAAAUAAUAUUAUUAUAUUAAAAAAUUAAAUGUUUGAUAUAAAUUAAAGUUUUAAUAAAAACAUAUAUUAGCAACAAACUUUUUCUA